CGUUGAGUAUGGGUUGAGAGACUGUCCAACGUGUCGCGGACUCUGUAAACUGCUGUAGACAACCGCCGGCGCCCCCUAGUUGUUCCAUCCCGUUCAAUUGGUCACUCCGAGACCGGAACAGCCUAGUCCGGCCGGACCGGUGCAAUUUGUCAACCGGGCUCAACCCCAAGAAGCUAUUCGCAACAUGACACCCAAUUCAUCCAAGGAUUCAAACAAGGUAAAAAAGAGGCCAAAAGUUAGAGGAUGCUAUCAAUGCUCUCGUCGACGCAUAGACUGCGAUCGCCAAGAGCCGACAUGCGGCAAGUGUGCAUCUAAAGGAAUAACCUGCAGCGGCCUUGGACUGCGGUAUCGUUUCAACGAUGGCAUCGCUGCUCGCGGGAGGUUUGUGGGCAAAACAGUACCUGUGGUUGACUCAUCAUCGAAAGAUAAGAACAGGUCCACUAAGGAGAAGGAGAAGAGACUCGUUGAGGAUGAGUCGGUAGCCGAGGAAACACAAGAAGAGAGUAGAAUCACGCAAGUCGCUGUCCAGAGUGAGGCUCUGUUCCAAAUCGACGGGGGCCUCGAUCAUAUCGAUGGCAAGACCCGGUUUUCCCUCCAAUAUUUCUCAAAUCACAUCGCCAAUCUCAUCGCGGUCAUUAACCUAGGCUUCAACGGAUAUCGAGAUCUCGUCCUCCCACAAGCAGAGAUCGACCCUCUUGUGCGGAAAGCGGUUGUUGUUAUUGUCGAGCAGCACCUCUCCUUGCAGAACGGCACAACCGUGUCUCUGGAUCCUACGGCAUACAGCAGUCUUGUCCGAGAUCUCAUCACUAGAUCUAAAAGAUGUGCGCCUCAGGAUGACGAGUCGGCCCUCACUGUCUUGCUUCUACUGCACAUUCGCGAGAUGAUCAGUGGAAGUCCCAACUUUAAACUUGUGUAUGGAUCUCUCCGUGUCGUGGUCAAUGCUCUCGGACAGGGUCUGGAUGCCAUGGCCUCGGAGCUGAGGAAAUUCGUCGAGAUGCAGAUCUUGAGGUAUGUUUCC